AUGUCCGCCUUCCAAAGGCCGUGUCGCCGCGCCGGCGGUCCAUGCGCCCGCACCUUCUCCUUCAACUCCGGCGACGGCGAAUGGAGGUGCCACGGGGAGUGGGCGUUGCCUUUCAACGGCCAAGGCUACUACGACGGCGACCUGGAUGCGUGGGUUGGGCUCGAGAAGGACGGCCACAUCGGCACCUGCCGAGUCGUCUCCCGUAGCAGCACAGCAGUUGGUGCCCUGGCCAUGCAGCAGCAGCUCGACUGGAAGAUGGCCAAGGACAAGCUGUGGAGUGAGGGGCAGCAGGCGGUUGAUCAUGGGCCUACUCUCACUGCCAUGGGCAACGCCAGAUUCUGCCUUCUGGACUGCGUCAAGGGGAUGGAGUCCCAUGGCCGCAUGCUCCGAGUCACAACGUUUCGCCUUAGGCACAGCCGCAAGGGAGAGCUGGAGAUCUACGACCGUAGCACUAGGUCAUGUCCGGUGUCUAAGCACCUCAGGUGUUUCUCACCCGUUGCGUUCUGGAUGUAG